UUGCUCAGCGCACCUCUCUCGUGCCGCUGUAGAGUGGACGGGAGUCGGUGCUUAUCGCGCCUUUUCCCCCGGAUUUACCUUUUCUGCCGCCAAGAUGAGACUUAUAUUUGUUUUUGCUGCGGUUGUGGGUCUUUUGGCAGAAAAUCUUGCGCUUCCAGUUGUUAAAGAGGGGCAAAAAGAAGAUGUGGUUACACGUUGCCUCGUUGAAGUCCUCUCCAAAGCUCUCUCCAAACCAGACUCUCAGCUAGAUCAGGACUGCAAAGACAUCAUCCAAGCAGGAGUUAAACAUGCCCCACUGGACAAAAAAGGCGCAGAGGAGCUUAAAGGUCAACCUGAAGUGCCCAUGGCAAAAGGAGCUGACGUAAAAGACAUUGAGGCUCUUCUAAAAACAGUAGAGGAAAAAAGAGAUACACCUGAAGACGAGCGCAGCCAAGAAUCCUGGAGCUUUGGGGAUGAGAAGAAGAGACACGAUGACGAAGAGGAAGGAGAAGAAGAAACAGAGAGGGAGAAAAGGAGCGGCUGGAGGCCCGGAAGGCACCACCAGAGGAAACACAAACGAGGAGAAGAAGACGAAGGAGAGCGCAGUCAGGAGAGCUGGGGGUUGGAUAAGCGAUCAGAAGAUGAGGACCGCAGUCAGGAAUCAUGGGAUGUGGACAAAAGGCACGGCGACGAGGAUGAAGAAGAGAGAGACAAGCGCAAAUGGAAGCCCAUUCACCGCUACCACUACAGGAAGAAGCUCAUCAAACGUGGAGAUGAAGAAGAGGAUGAUGGAGAACGCAGCCAGGAAUCCUGGGGCCUGGACAAAAGGGACUGGAGGCCUGGGAGGUACCACCAGAGGAGGCACAAACGUGACGAAGAGCUCUCUGAGGAAGCCAGGGAAGAACCAGAAGAAGAGCGGAGCCAGGAAUCAUGGGGACUUGACAAAAGAGACUGGAGAGCCGGUAGAUAUCACCAGAGGAGGCACAAACGUGAUGAGGAGCUCUCUGAAGAAGCCAGGGAGGAACCAGAAGAGGAGCGCAGCCAGGAAUCAUGGGGACUUGACAAAAGAGACUGGAGAGCCGGUAGAUAUCAUCAGAGGAGGCACAAACGUGAUGAGGAGCUCUCUGAAGAAGCCAGGGAGGAACCAGAAGAGGAGCGCAGCCAGGAAUCAUGGGGACUCGACAAAAGAGACUGGAGAGCCGGUAGAUAUCACCAGAGGAGGCACAAGCGUGACGAAGAACUAGCAGAAGAGCCAAGAGAUGAGCCUGAUGAUGAACGCAGCCAGGAAUCAUGGGGUCUUGAAAAGAGGGACUGGAGGGCUGGAAGGUUCCACCAAAGGAGACACAAACGCGACGAAGAGCUUUCAGAAGAAGCCAGAGAAGAACCAGAGGAAGAGCGCAGCCAAGAGUACUGGGAUUUUGACACUGGAAGAGACAAACGAGAAUGGAGAGCCGGCAGAUACCACCAAAGGAGACACAAACGUGACGAAGAGCUGUCAGAGGAAGCCAGAGAUGAGCCAGAUGAGGAACGCAGCCAGGAAUACUGGGAUUUUGACACUGGAAGAGACAAGAGAGAGUGGAGGGCUGGCAGACACCACCAGAGGAGACACAAACGUGACGAAGAGCUGUCAGAGGAAGCCAGAGAUGAGCCAGAUGAGGAACGCAGCCAGGAAUACUGGGAUUUUGACACUGGAAGAGACAAGAGAGAAUGGAGGGCUGGCAGACACCACCAGAGGAGACACAAACGUGGGGAAGAUCACUCAGAAGAGGAGAGAGAUGAACCAGAAGGGGAACGCAGCCAGGAGUACUGGGGCUUCGACAAAAGACACGGCAAAGAGGAUGAAGACUCACAGAGGUAUUUGGCAGAGAAACGCAAUCCUUGGAUUUUCAGAGGUUACUACCAUCCUGCCUGGUACAAGAGGGAUUCUGAUGACCAUGCUGCCACCUCAAACAAGAUGAAUGAACUGGCCAAGUUGCUGAGCUAUAAAAUAAACCAGCUGUCAAACCACUCCAACCAAGAGGAGGCAAAGAGGAGCACGCAGCAGAAAGCACUCACUGCACAGGAGGAGAAAGAGCUGGAAAACCUAGCAGCAAUGGACUUAGAGCUGCAGAAAAUUGCUGCAAAGUUGCAUGACAACAGUGCAUAAGCCAGCCUCUCAGUGGAUAAACGCUGCUGUCCAACUGUAUGUCUGCCAUUUUUAUUGUGCUUACAGUGUUGAAAAAGACAAAAAAUAAGACAAAGAACCCUGGAGCCUUGCCAAAACAUUCUAUCAACCUGUUCAAACUUGUUUUUGUGAUAUUUUGAUGUCAUCAGAUUAAUCCGCAUGGGAAUGGUUUUGAUGUUUCUAUAAUUAUAUACAGUAAGAGAAUCUAUGUAAGUAUUAUAUAUCAGAUAAAUUAUUGGAAAUAUUGUCUUCUGAAGAGUUUGUUCAGUUUGCACUCAAUAAAAUAAAACAUUCUGG